GUAAUCACUAAGCUUUUAGGGUCGAUUCUAUCAAAUAGUAUGGUGUACAUCUGCUUUUGCUACAUAGCCGUUCGCUCGUGAAAGCUCAUCUUGUUUUCACAGUACUAAGCAGGCACCGAUUGAUUGAAUAUGAUUCAACGUUAAUGAAAUUUCGAGAUCGAUAGUAGAUUUGAUUUUCUUCAACAAUUGUCGAGCGGACUUUCGGCUGUCUCUUGUCAGUUUGUUAUUAAAAAGCUACAUUUGAGUAUUGUCCGAGGAGGAGACGAAAAAUGUCGAAUCGGUACGAUAAGCAGACGACGACCUUCGAUAAGGCCGGUCGUAUUUUUCAAGUGGAGUAUGCAAUUGAAGCGACAAAGGCUGCUGGCCCUGCUCUGGGCGUCCUGGGUAGCGACUGCGUCCUGUUAGUCGGGGAAAAGAAGACGAGCUCCAAAUUGUUGGACCAGACUAAGCAAGCAGAAAAGAUAUUCGAAAUCGACGAUCACGUCUGUUGUGCUGUGGCCGGCCUUACUUCUGAUGCCAACACACUAAUUGUUAUGGCUAUUUUGUUUUCUGAUGGAGAUAAAAAAGAUACUCGUCUAACAAGCUAAUGUUGAUCAUAAUUCGUUUGGAUCUUCCCAAAAACAGGUGCUCAUAUCAGCUUUCCUUUCGUUAUCGUGUGCUUACCGUCUACGUCCGAAUUUGCUAAAUUGAGCAAACGCACAUUAACACAAAUGUAGUGUCACGAUCUAAGAUUGCGAAGCUACGACUCUACGCGCAGCAGUAUCAGUAUCGCUAUUCGGAACCCAUCCCCGUGGAACAGCUGGUCGUCCAUCUUUGCGAUUUCAAGCAAGGUUACACGCAGUUCGGUGGUUUGCGUCCUUUUGGCGUGUCCUUCCUCUUUGCCGGGUACUGUUGCAUUUAUCUGGUAGAAGAUGCAGAUACAUGAUGUUGUCUUAUUUUUCAUGAAUUCAUCACUUUAGUGAUGCUUUGUUGAAAAAAUGUAGUACAGUUUAUCAGCGAAUAUGUAUCUGUGGUAGUCUGAGAGCGAUGUCAGACAGUUGCGUGGUAAGUUUUAUCUGGAUCUCGUGGAAGAUUAUAUCAUUAAGGCUAAAUCUGCUGUAAAACCUACUUCAUCUUCCUCUCUUGUUUUAGGUACGAUAAGCACUAUGGUUUCCAGCUGUAUCAAAGCGACCCGGCAGGGAAGUAUGAUGGAUGGCGUGCACAUUCUAUUGGAGGGUGGGAUAAUCCGAUGACAAACUCCACCUUGAAGCAGGAUUGGAUUAAGGCUUGUUUGAGAUGAGUCACUAGGUGUAAAAAUACUCACGAGUAGUUGUUCGACAGGAUGGUAGCGCAAGCCUCCAAAACCAAGAAAUCUAAACUGUUUCACCAUACAGAUUGAAGUACUUACAAGUUUUGCGACUUUUCUUUGAUCAAGUUCAUUUCCAUCGAUAAAGUUUUUUUGUUUUCUAUGAAGAUGAGGCCUUUAAUGCAAGUGACGGCAUGUCUUCGGACGCAGUAAAAGCCUUGGUUGGAAAGGUGAUGAUCAAGAACGGCGACACCACUACCCCGGACCCAGAGAAGUUCGAAAUGGCUGUGAUCUCGCGUGUGAGCAAGGAUAUCGUCAAGUACAAGCGUAUCGGCGCAAAGGAGGUCGAAAAAAUACUGUCAGAAGCACGCGCUAAAGAAGACGCAGCGGAGCAAGGAGGUGCCGCAUCAACAUCCUAGUUACAACACUUCAACAACUAACUACUUCACGGUUCCGUAUCGAUGCCAACACGAGUAUGGAUGAUGCUUAGAUGACGCCCCAACAAUCAUCUAGCGCUGGUUUCUUGCUCGACUGUACGAGAGGUCUUUGCGUUGCUACGGAGGAGGGUAGUAACAAGGGUUGCUUUGAAGUUCGUGUCUGAUCAAGGAAGUCGCGAGUGUGUGUGCAUCGCUUAUCUUCUACUUGCCGUGAAUUCUGGGAGAUCCGGUCUCACUAGAGGUGGUGGGGGUUAGAGGUCCGAUCUCAGCAGUGCGCCAGUGUACGUAAGUCGUUAGAAGAUUGUGUCGUCGGAAUGCGGUUUCGGUGAAUGCUCAAAGUUGGCAGGCUUUUUUUCAUCAUAGAUCAAGAACGACUGCGUAGAGGUAGUAAUAGGAUCACACGACAGGUACUACAGAUCAUUAUUUCAUUCCCGAGUUUUUCAACCCUUAUCUCCCCGACCCAGAUUAGACUGUCGUACCUCUCCUGACGAAAUUGCAAGUCUAACGACGAUCCAUAUUUUCAAUCAGUGUGGAAAAAUACAUGCUCGAUAUCUCAGGCACAUUUGAAUGCGCGGUUGAGAUCCCAAUAUCCCUACGUACCCACGAUAUAGCACUUCACUUCGGCCCGCAAAGAGUAGUCGCGCUCGUUUGCGAUGACGACACCAGGUGCGAAAAUGCAUGC